UUCUGGACCCUCUUCGCCCAGAGAAACUUUGUAUCGACACAUCGAUUUGAGGAUCAUUUGGAAAGGAAGCUGAAAUGGCUGACAAAUCCGCAUCACCAGCCGUCAUGUCUGCCACCGGAACCGGCAGCCCUGCUGCCCAAACCACGCCGAAGAAGGCGGCGAUCGCUGCUGCAACCGCCAAGUCGAAGAAGCCGAGGGCGGCGCCAAGCCACCCAAAAGCCUCCGAGAUGGUCAACGCGGCAAUCUUGAGCCUGAAGGAACACAACGGCUCUUCUCUCCAGGCUAUCAAGAAAUACAUCGCCACGACCUAUAAGCUGGACGUCGAAAAACAGGCGAUCUUCAUCAAAAAGUACUUGAAGACUGCCGUGGCGAACGGAAGCUUGGUGCAAACCAAGGGAAAGGGCGCCGCGGGAUCCUUCAAGAUGCCCACGUCCAAGGAAACCACCAAGAAGCCCAAGACGGCCGCUUCGAAGAAGACGGUCACGCCGAAGAAGCCGGUCGUCGCGAAGAAGCCGGUCGCAGCAAAGAAACCCGUAGCAUCGAAAAAAGCCGUCGUGGAGAAACCAAAAUCCCCGAAGAAGCCAGCUGCGAGAGCAGCAAAGCCCAAAUCAAUCACUCCUACGAAGGCCAAGGCCGCCAAGUCUCCGAUGAAAAAGCCAAAGGCUCCCAGGCCUAAAAAAGCCCCAGCUAAGCCGAAGGCGGCACCCAAGAAGGCAGCUGCGGCAAAAAAGUGAAAUCUCUCAUGUUUCGCUUGCCAA